AUGGUUGGAGACAAUCUCCAGUCUCCGGGUACCGCUGGUGACAUUCUUUGGCCAGCCUGCCCUGCAGUGACACCUGCACAGCAAAGGAUGCUGGGAAACAGCAAGCACUUUUACCACACUCAGGACGAGAAGGACGGGGAGGAUGAGGAGGAGGAGGAAGAGAAGGGCGGCGGGCAGGAAAUGGAGAAUGGAGGGAUGGAGGAGGAGUUGGACAUGAAGGCAAUGCGACAAUCGUGGGAGGGCAAAGCGGGAGACACGAUCAAACCGGCCGCCAUCGUUGUCGGUAGGCAGAGAGCAGACCGGCCCCUUAGGCCUGCCCACCUGGGCAACCGGGGUAUCCCUUACUCGUCCAAUCAGGCCCCUCCUCAUCACCAACCAACCAGUAAGCAGCAGUUGCAGCAUAUCAUCCCAGCCAAUCAGCUGCUCUAUCACCCUGGCCUGACCAAUGUGUUACAGAAGAGGCGGGCUCACAUGGAGCGCAGCAUGACCACCGUGUCGCCACUGGAGGAUACCCACCUGACCAUGAUGGUGUUCAGAAUCGGGGUCCCCGACAUCAAACAAACAAGGUGUCUCCAGUUCGACCCCGACUCCUCAGUUUGGAACGCCAAGCAGCAGAUCAUCUCUUCCCUCAACGAGUCUCUGUGGGACGUCUACAACUACGGCCUCUUCCAGCCGGCCGGGGACGGCAGGGAUGCAACCUUCCUGGAGGAGGAGAGGGCCCUGAGAGACUACCCACAAUCCUUUGAGAAAGGGGUGCCUUACCUGGAGUUUAGGUACAAAACCAGGGUUUAUAAACAGACGAAUUUGGAUGAGAAAGUACUCUCCAAGCUCAGCACCAAGGCCAGUCUGAAGAAGUUUCUGGACUACAUUCAGAGCGGCGGUGUGGAGAAGAUAGGCAAGGUGCUGGAGAAAGGUCUCGACCCUAAUUACCAUGACCCCGACAGUGGAGAGACUCCGCUGUCAGUGGCGGUGCAGUCAGGCCUGGUGAUGGAGGGCAUCAGGCUCUUGGUUCAGGGUGGUGCUCAUCUGGACUUCAGAACCAGAGAUGGACUGACAGCCAUGCACAAAGCGAUCAGGGCUCAAAACCACGCUGGGCUGAUGGCCCUCCUGUCUCUGGGAGCCUCCCCAGACUAUAAAGACCGCUGUGGCCUGACCCCGCUGUACCACUCCGUUCUGACAGGGGGCGACACCGCUUGCUGUGAGACCCUGCUCUACUAUAGGGCUAAGCUGGGGACAAGGGAUGAGAAUGGCUGGGAUGAGUCUCAUCAGCACAGGGACCAGGAGGAAUAUGGAAUGGAGGAGAUACAUAAGGCUUGUCAGAAUGGUUUUGCCCAGCACUUGGAGCACCUUCUGUUUUACGGGGCAGACACCACUUCCCAGAAUGCCUCAGGGAACACCGCACUUCACAUUUGUGCCCUGUACAAUCAGGAAAGCUGUGUCCGUGUUCUUCUGUAUAGAGGAGCAAAUAAGGAGGCCAAGAACAAACAUGGACAAGCUCCUUUCCAGGUGGCCAUAAUGGCUGGCAACUUUGAACUCGGGGAAAUCCUCAAAAACCACAGAGACUCAGACGUAGUGCCCUUUCUGGAAUCACCAAAGUAUGUUCCCAAGCGGAAGGAGAGCGCGCGCACCCUGCCACUCCCCCUGCUACACUCCUACCCCCUCCUGCGCGCUAACAGCGACAACACCAUGACCCAGCCUGACCCCAUGGCCCCGCCCACCAAGGCAGCAACCAAUCCCAUCCCCCGACAGGGCCAGCGCAGGGCCUCAGUGGGCAUGCGGAGCUCCAGCAGCCCGCGGGCUCGGACUCGCUCCCCGUCCAGAGGAAGAGGAGGGCAGAGCGACACCGAGGAGAGGCACCGCCCGGCGCGAGGCCGACAAGGUGGGACCCAGGCAGGUGGGGUUGGGGGUCAGAUGAGGCGCAUGUACAGCGCAGUGCCGGGGAGGAUCUAUGUGGUCACACGGGCUCACUCUGCCAGUGGAGAGAGAGAGCUCAGCCUUAGCAAGGGAGACAAAGUCAAGGUGUUGAGUGUAGGAGAGGGGGGUUACUGGGAGGGGACGGUUAAAGGUCGUAUCGGCUGGUUCCCAUCUGACUGUGUGGAGGAGGUCGCACCGCCCAUGAAAGAAAAUCGAUCAGAGACGCGCAGCGAGAAAGCAAAGAGGAAGCUGUUCCGCAAUGUCACCGUGGGAGCCUACGAUGGGAUCGAUGGCCCCAGUGACUACAUCAUUAAGGAGAAGACAGUGCUUUUGCAGAAGAAGGACAAUGAGGGCUUUGGUUUCGUGCUCCGGGGAGCCAAAGCUCAGACUCCCAUUGAGGAGUUCACCCCCACGCCAGCCUUCCCGGCACUCCAGUACCUGGAGUCGGUCGAUGAAGGGGGCGUGGCCUGGAGGGCGGGCCUAAGGAUGGGGGACUUUCUUAUCGAGGUGAACGGUCAGAACGUGGUGAAAGUGGGUCACAGGCAGGUGGUCAACAUGAUCCGACAGGGGGGCAACAGCCUCAUGGUCAAAGUGGUGAUGGUGGCUCGCAACCCUGAAAUGGAGGACACCACCAGAAAGAAAGCCCCGCAGCAAACGAAGAGACUGACUCCUCCCGCCAUUGCCCUGCGCUCCAAGUCUAUGACAUCAGAACUGGAGGACAUGGUGGAGAAAGCCGCCUCCCCAUGGAAGAAAAAAGCAGAGUACGACCCGUCUCAGGCUCCUGACAAGAAGAGAACCGUCUAUCAGAUGGCGCUGAACAAACUGGAUGAAAUCCUGGCGGCUGCCCAACAGACGAUGACAUCAGACGGCCAGAAAGGUCAUGGUGGUAAAAGAGACCGCAGCAAGAGCAUCGUUCCCAACGUCCCCAGUGAGCAGUCAUUGGCGAACAUGAUGCAGCCUGGACCAGGUUUUGGCUUCAACCAGGCCCAGUUUCAACCUGGCCAUGGCUCCCAGCAUGCAGUCAUGAUGCGUCAGAAAUCCAUCGGUGUUACGGAAGAAGAGAGGCAGCACCUCCACCCUCCAGCCAUGAAGCUCUCACGCAGCCUGUCGGUCCCAGGCCCUGAGGAGAUCCCACCGCCUCCCAACACCUCAGCCCCAGAGCCCCCCCUCUCCACUGGUCCCCACCCAGGGAGAGGGCCAGCAAUGCCCCUGCCUCCAGUGUCGCAGACACAUUUCCAGCUCCACUCCCAGCCCGGCCACACUAGCCAGCCAGCCUGGGAGAGAGGAGGAACAACUGGAGUGACUCAGCAAGUGAUGGUCCCCACCCUCCGCAGGCAAUCCGAAGGGCUGACACUCUACGGCCGGGAGCCGGAGGCACCCAGGAGAGGUGGGGGCAAGAUGGGGGCACUGAGGAGAGGCUACAGCAGUGCAACACCUCCAACCAGCGCCACGGCCAAAUCCCAGCAGGGUCUGCAGCACCAUCCCCAGGUGGGUAGCCGGGAGCGGGGCGGAGGUGGCGGCAGAGCAGGAGUGGCGGCCAGGAGGGGGGGCAGAGGUGCUCUUAUGAAGCAGUCGAAGGUGGAAGAGGGCCUGAGGCAGCAGCGGGGGAAGGGGAGUGGGGCCAAAGAAAAGAGCUCCAUCCCCAUCCCCACCAUCAUUGUGAAGGCACCCUCCACCAGCAGCAGUGGGCGGAGCAGCCAGGGCAGCAGCAUGGAAGCUGAGCCCAACGCAGACUUGGAAGGUCCUGCCUCCCCACCCGAGACCCCCGAAAGCCCAGACACCAGCCUGCCCUCCCCGCUCACCCAUGUCCCACCCCCACCACCACCCACCUCUGCCCCAUCCCUGCCCCUGCAGCAGAACCAGGAGAGCCUUGACCAUAGCGCGGGAUUCGGUACCACAUUUGGCAGCUCAGCACGAAGGGACCGGGAACGUUUCCGUGACAUGAGGAGAAAGAGCGCCUCCUUCUUCCUCUCCUCUGAGGAGGAUAUCCAAGGAGAAGCAGGGGGAGGUGGAGUAGGGGUAGGAGAAGGAGGAGUCAGAAUCCAGCCCCUACAGAGCUCUCAGACGGAGAUGCCCAUGCCACGCCUCCGACCCUCCAAGUCCAUCGACGAGGGCAUGUUCUCUGGAGAAAACUAUGUCCACUAUGCCAGCAGCAUGCCUCCAGCUUUUGGUCUGCCAGAAUACUCCUCCCCAAUUCUCGGCCAGGAUGGCCAACCCAAGUCUGCUCCCUCCAGCUAUGGCACAGGCACCCAGCCUGCCACUACCUUCAUCCACCCCCUCACAGGGAAGGUGCUAGAUCCCUUGUCUCCGCUGGGUCUUGCCUUAGCGGCCCGGGAGCGGGCUCUGAAAGACGACCGGAGGAGCCGCCGGGAAGACCGACACUUAGGCAGGCAGAUGUCCACAAUAGGGGCAUUCCCGACCCCAAUGCAGACCCCUACACCUUCGCUCUUUCCCACUCCCACACCGUCCACCUACACAUCUCCAGUCUCGCUCCACCUUUCCUCCCCUACCGCCAUUACCUCCCCCGCCUCCCUGAGCCGACCACAGUCCCCAAGGAUACUACGGCUAGGAGGAGGAGAGAGGGAGAGAGAGGGAGGGCCUAGAGAAGGUCUCCGGGUUCGUUUCUCAGAGGACAGGACCCACCAGUACUCCACCCAGCACUACCCUCAACCUCCCCGGGAAAGGGAGAGGGAUGGGUAUGAAGGUAGAAUUGCUGCCCUCAUCCAGCCCCCAGCCCCACCUGCCCAGCCAGCGCCCCGUAGGCCCUCCUUUCUACAAAUGGAGAGCAGCCCCAGCACCACCUACAUCCCCCAGUACACUGUCCCCACUGCCCCAGCCCAGACUCAUGACCCCGGAGGACAGGGCCAGGAAGGAGGAAGAAGUGGAGGAGGGUUGGGGCUCAUGGUACUCCCCCCACCAGCUCCUUCAAUCGAUGCCGAUGAUGAGUUUGUCUUCAGCGAACCCCUCCCCCCUCCAUUGCAGUUCGCCAAUGGUGGCAGUGAGAGGGUCCAGAAAUACCAGAACCAACCCACAUCCCCUAAACACCACACCGGGGGCAUCCCCUCCUCUGCACCCCAGCCCUCACCGCAGGGUGGAGACUCGGCGGCCUCUAGCCUCACGUCCUAUGACAGCGAGGUGGCCAACCUCACCCAGUCGGCACUCUCUCCCUCCUUGCCCUCACCCCAGAUAUUUCCACCUUCCUCUGCUGCCACCACCUCCACAGCUGCCCUACCCCCUGCCUCCUCUCUCCACAGACCCCAGCCCAUGGCCCACCCCUUCUAUGCUGGCUCAGGCAACCCCUCUCUCCCCGCACAGACCCUUGAUGACCUGACCCUACCCCAGGACCGUGGCACAGCCACACUGACCUCCACAAUGACCUAUGCCACUACAACUAUGACGGCUACAACUGCUGCCAGCACCACCACAGUCUCUCCAGCCUCCUCUGACUACAGUAUGACCCUAGCGGGACCUAAGAGCAGCCACGGCACUGCAGGUAAACCCAGGGACCACUACCAACCCCCGAUCGGGAUGCCCAAGAGUGGAGACUGGCAAGAUGGGGUGGUGGAUUCUGGGAUUGAAGAGCUUGACAGUCACAGCAGCAGUGACCACCAUCUAGAAAUGCUGGGACUGAGGGGGGGAGGAGGUGAUGUGGAAGGAGGGGAGGGAGAGAAAGGGGGGAAGCACCCGGACCCUUACACAACCUACUCAGGUGGGCAGACGUUCGAGGUGCACAAUGCCAAGCCAACAAACCCUAUCUACCCGAAGAGUACUCAUUACCAGGACGGGGGGGUUAGGGGCCCACCUCCGCUGCUACGCCGGCAGAGCAGCACCAAUCCUACCUCUGUGCAUGUGAGGCGACAAAGCAACCCAGUCGAGGAGGCAGGGAGAGAGGAGGUGCUGGGUGAGGGAACAAAACAUAGACAGAGCCGACCCAAGAUGGAGAACGAAUUUGGUUCAGCCCUAGCCGCCUGCUUAGAGAGACCCCUUGAGGCUCGCUCUGUGGGAUGGGGGGAGGUGAUGGAGCAGGAAGGUGGUGCUGGUGGCAUACAGCGGACCGGGCAAAGACUAGAGGGCCGCAGACUGCACUCACCUCUCUCAGGAGUAAAGGCCAGCAUCAUCAAUGAACUGAGCUCCAAACUGCAGCAGAUGAGUAACAUUAAGAGUAUGGAUGACUGGAAUCCCAACCCCAAAUCUCCCACCGUGCCCAGAUAUUCUGGAGAUUACACUGAUGCGUUUCACAGCCCCCCCACUGGCCGCUCCACCUCCCCACUGCCCACUUCCUCCCCCCAGCAUCGUCAGAUCUUCACCCCCAACCUGUCUGCCACACCUUCUGUCUCCCCCUCACCCCAGGUCCCCAUCCAGUCCAACUGGACCCGGUCACCUUCUCCCCAGAUGCCCACUUCCCCUGUCCACUCGCACCCUCCCCUCUCACCAACCUACUCCCCCUACCCGACCUCCCCAAAACGCCGGUCCAAGUUACGCCGGCAGACAUUUGAUUUCCAGACCAGUGGUGGAGCAGAACUGAGGUCGCCGGGCACUCGACGCCGGGCUCCCAGCCCCCUCAUUUACAGCACUGACCAGCCCAGCAUUGCUCCCCCAAGACCCUCUUCCCUUCCCAUCCUCCCCAGCACCCCCAUCUACAACAGCCCCUUUGAAUUUCCUGGUCCCUUGACCCCACCAACCACGAGCCACCCUCUGGGAGACGGACCUUACAGCUCCUCCACACCUCCCCUCUUCUCCCCGUCUGGAGCUCCCACUUCCAACCCCCUGCUGGUCUCACGUUCCCUGUCACCCACCCAGUUCCUCUCCGGAGCUUCCUCCCCCAUGCACCUGCCCCCCAGCCCUUCCUGCCUCAACUACCCCCACCUCACCCCUCCUCCCCCGGCCAAACCCUUUGCCAUCAAGCCCCUGCCCUACUGGACCAAGUUUGAUGUGGCCGACUGGCUGGGAUACCUGAACCUGAGCGAGCACCGGGAGCGUUUCCUUGACAACGAGAUAGAUGGCUCGCAUCUGCCCUCGCUCACCAAGGACGAUUUCCUGGACUUGGGGGUGACACGCGUUGGGCAUCGCAUGAAUAUCGAGAGAGCGCUAAGGAAACUGACGGACAGGCGGCUCUCCUCUCCCUUGCAUGUCAGUCCUUCGCCCCGAGACACAGACAGAGCAAGUGUACGAGAGGUGGGGUGA